AUGAGUUCGGACUCAGACUUGGAAAUGCAGGAUGCUCCUGAUGGAGUAGAAAAUUCUUUGUCUGCAAGCCGUGCACUCAUCAAGACCGUGAGAUCUCUCGACCAGGAGGGUCCUGGCAAGGAUGGUGAAAACUUAGCAGAGCUAUGGAAAGCCCUGUCGCACAAUGCUUCAGGCCAAUUUUAUGCUGCGGAGCAGAGUAGUUUACGAUGGCUAUUGAAGAUGAUGAACCCUUCGACUAAAGCAUCCCCUGAAAGCGAGACCUUGAGAAGGUACCCGCUGACCUGGAACAUACUCAACUGCGUGUUCCAGCGUAUUCCCCUCUUCUCACUCGCAAAAGCCCUCGCGGACAGGCGUUUCAUUGCCGUGCUCAAGCAGACGGUGAAGGACCUCUCGAGCCCAUCCGGAGAAGAUGGCCAUGUUUCGUCGCCCGAUCGGAAGCGGAAACGGUCGACCCAGAUCGCCUUUGAUGUCGACGCCCUUAGAAAACCCACCGGGUGUCUAAAGUCUGCGAAUGCCCUUUUCGAGGCCCUACGGUCUCUGCUCUCUCGCCUCGGCUCCGCUGCUGAGCUGUCUAGACGGGAGGUCAUGGGGGCGGAACAUGUGAGGACACUCUUCGCCUCCCCUGCUGCGGAAUCCUUGGAGCUUGUAGGACCUAUGCUAGCUAUUUGCUACAACUCUCUCGAAGUUCUGAACGGGGCCUUCGAAGUAAAUGUUUCGUGGGUUAAGGUUGCGUCCGAUAUCUGGGAUCUCCGCAUUCGCGGCGGUGGAGACGCCCUCGAGGUUGCUACUCGCGCAACGCAGACCACUUUAACGAUGUUUGCGAACCUCGACGAAGAGGUUGGAAGAAUUAGUGGAAGGGAGGAGUUGUAUUCGGAUUUACCAUCACACAUUCGCCUAGAAUGGGCUGCCGAUCUUCAAGAUUUCCUCCAACGAAACCUCUUCCUCCCCGCGCGGACGGCGUAUAUCAAUUCGGAGGGUCUCGAUCCACUCAAUAUGGCCAUGCUCAUGGCCCAGCGCAAUGCGACUGUAACUGGUCCGGCCGUUUACCUCCUUGCGCAAAACUCACCGAAGCCGUUUGAUGAAAAGUCGAAGGAAAAGGUUUCAGACUGGAUCAAUGAAGUGGUAAAGGCUAUCGACCGUUCCCUACGCAAUCUUCCCCCCUAUUCGCGCCCACGGAUAAUCGAGGGAAUCCUCGGCGAAGCCCGGGUAAAGGGUACCAACAUCAGUGAGGACGUCCUGAGGGAUAUAUGUUCAAAAUACGCCUUCGAGACCGAGAACAACGUGCGCUGGAGCACCCUAUCUGCGUCUUUACGCCUUGAUCCCGAUAUCCUGUUCGAUCAAGAACGGGACAAUGAUUUGCUAAAUUCAAUUCUUGGCAACAUCCCUGACCUCGACAAGCUCGAGGGUGACGAGGCUCAGCACGUAAUGCACGUUAUGGAGGCUAUAAUCAAGGCAUAUCUCAAUGCCAAGGACUUCCCUAGCUUUUUGGAAUUGUGGUAUGAGCAACUAUCCAAAGCGGAUCUGGGAACGAGAGAGGGGUUGUCUCCUUGGCUAGAGGCUUCUGUCCGGCGCAGUGAGGCUGUCUUUACGCAGUCAAGACUUGAGAUAACCCUUACUGUUAACCAGUUGCGGGGCGUCCUCGACUGGCUUGAAUCUCGGGCUGGAGCGAAGCCCGAAUGUCUCUACAUUGUCCUCGACUCGAUAUCUCAUGGCCUCGGCUCCCCAGAGUUUACCGAUGCCGUGGGAAUGAAGAUUGCCGAUCUUGUCCUCACGGCUUUCCCCUCUUCGAGCACAUCAAAUUCCCUUCUGUCCCUGCGCUGGUCGAUCUUGAGUCAAAUAAUUACUUGGCUCAAUCCCCAGGAGAGAGACGAUCUCUGGACUAAGAUCAAAGAGAAGGCCGCCGAGGUUCUCGAGUUAGGUCGACUGGCAGACCCUGAUACAUUAGAAGCUUUCAAGUUCAUUUUUACGGUUUGGUCGUUGAUGACUCCUGAUGGGGACUACGAAGAGGAUGUUUCGUCCAUUGCAAAGGCCGCGGUCAAUAGGCUCACCAAAGAGAUUCCGGCGAAGGCAGGGAAAAGGACAGUGCUUGACUGGAAGCAACAGCAACGCGACAAGCCUCUUCUCCCGGACGCAUCAGAGACUAAACCCGAGGCAUACCUUGUCUGGUAUCUCGCCUAUACUCUUGGCGAUUCAUCACGGUUUCUCCCGCUUCUGUCAAGUGCUUCGGACGAAAGCGCGUUUCCGGAAUACCUGGAUUCCGUGCUCAAGCUACUACUUAGCAGAGAUAAGAAGCACAAACCCAAAUCCGAGGAUGGCGAUGAAGUGCCUUCUAGCCUUACCAUGGAGCUCUUCAGGGCUCUUCUAUCUAAUGAAAAUAUUCUGAACAACCGGCCAUUCCUUGACCAGCUCGUAGAUCGAAUGGCCGGAGCUGUUCGCGGCAAGUUCAAGAAGUCUCAAGACGAGAUCCUGGACUCGAAUCUUGGCUCACUUUUCCUGGAGGUCCCCAAUGAUUGCCUCACCCGACCCCAGAGAGAGCUCCUCGCAGGCCUGUUGCUAGAACGGAUAAAGACCUUUGAUGGAAACGAUGACGUCGCGCCGUCCCAGUGGGCCCUUGUGUUGAUUGUCUUGACGAAAUUGAUGAAGAGGCCGACGUUUUGUGAAGGUCUGAACUUUGAUAAUCUAGUCACGCUCGCCGAUCAAAUCUCCCGUUCGUUUGGUUCCGAUUCCGACCCUCGAAGUUUCAGGGAGACCUAUGCUCUCGCUCCGCUCUAUCAGGACCUCGCAGAGCAUAUCCUCACUCUGAUGGCAAAUGAUUUUGAUAAUCGUGGCCAAAAAUUCUUCGAAGAAGCAGCCUCUUUCGUCAAGACCUACCCAGUGGACGACAAGUCUACGCACCGGUCCCGGUUAAGGUUGCAUCUUCUAAAGGCAUUGAUCGUAGUACUGUCCGGAUCCUCGUAUCUCAACGGGCCGUCAUCGCCACUCGCGCCGGAGGAAGUGAAGAAGAAGCUUGGUGCGGCCAUUUCCGCCACGCUCAAGAAGUGCACCCGGUACUGGAAGAAGCAAUUGGAAGAGCUCGACACUGGCAACUACCUCUACACUUUGCUUGCCGCCCUUGACUCUUCGGAUGUCAUCGAAGCGGAACAACUAGACAGCAAGGCCAUCUCGACAGAGGAGCUUGCCCAAGCGAGCAAACGAGGCAUUGAGGCGCGUCGCUUGUACGGUUGGAAGCUUCGGGGCUUCCUCCUUCGGCACCGCCCUGACUCAAUCGAUAAAUCACUGGCGCCUACGAAGUCCAAGACAAGCCGUGAGCUGAAGGGAACGAAGGCGCCUGAUGUCCUAAGCCAUGACCAGGAUCUGGCCUCCCUUGUCCUUGAGUGCACCAAUGUUACUCUGCAGUCUCUUAAGGAGGAGGAGGGUGGUCGCCUUCUCUACCUGAAAGAUCUAGUCGGUAAUCUCGAAUUUGAAUCGAGCGCGGAGAUCCAGCUGACGGCAAUCCGAUGCGUCGUUCAAACGCUCGCCGGUUUACCCACAAGUAAUUUCAAAGAAUAUGACCUGGCUGCCGCGUACACCACGCUAGCUCAAAAGUCACUCCAAGCCGACAGCGGUGCCCGAUUCGCGAGGAUUUGUGAGAUCCUGCACACCAUUCUCGACGGAAACAUGGGCCACAUCUCCCAGUGGAAUGUCGAGGAAACGCUAUCCCUCGUCUCCACCGUGUGCUCCGAGAACCCCUCAGUGUCCAAGGUCAAGGACUCGGACAAGACCUUCCAACGUCUCUGCAAGCUCGUAGAAGUCAUCCUAAAGAAAUACCGUCUCCGCCUCGAAGGCCACUUUCACCUCCUCAUCACGACGAUGCAAGCCCUCCUCAAAUCGCUCCUCCUCCACCCCUACGACUCGCGCCUCAAGACCUGGGCAGCACCUCCUCUCGACACCAACAUCUCGGCAUCUUCUUCAACUCCGUACACCGCUUGGCAGGACGACGCAGCUGCGUGCAACCGACUGCUAACGCUCAUCUGCGAGCCGACCGUAGGAUCGGUCACGCGGUCGCAUCACGGCGGGGCGCUCGAUGCGGCGGCGGACGUGGCGAAGAGGUCUGCGGGUAGGCAGAUGUAUCUUGUGCUCAUGACGUAUGUUAAGUUGCAGAUGGAGGUUGGCGUGCCGAGGUCUGUGAGGGAGGGGUUGGAGCCUGGCGUUAAUACGAUAUUCGAUGUUACGCCGGGAGAGGUGAGGAAGGUGAUGAACGAUGGGUUGGAUAAGGCGGGGAGAGAGAUUCUUGGGGAUUUGUAUAAGAGGUAUAGGAUGUUUGGCAAGUGGACUGGGAAGUAG